AAUCACUGUCAUGUUUGGUGCAUCUUAUUACAAAUAAAUACACUCAUCACCCUCCCCAUUCUGCUCAGCAGAGAUCAGAACCGUUCCUAUCUUUCUCUGCCUUUAAUAUUAUGGCUAUUGGCAAAGAAACGAUGCAACAACAACACAAGAAGGAGGAGGAGGAAUUCAUCUUCAAGUCCAGCCUUCCAGACAUCUACAUCCCCAACCACCUUCCCCUCCAUUCCUACAUCUUCCAGAACCUUCCGGACUUCGCCACGCGUCCCUGCCUCAUCAACGCCCCAACCGGACAAGUUUUCACCUACUCCGACGUCGACCUCAAGGCCAGAAGAGUCGCCUCAGGCCUCCACAAACACGGAAUCCGCCAAGGUGACGUCAUCAUGAUCCUGCUCCCAAACUGCCCUCAAUUCGUCUUCUCCUUCCUAGGCGCAUCGUUCCGCGGCGCCAUCGCCACCGCCGCCAACCCGUUCUUCACGGCCGCCGAGAUAGCCAAGCAGGCCAAGGCCUCCAACGCCAGGCUGCUGGUAACGCAGUCCAGUUACUACGACAAGGUGAAGGACCUCCACGGCCACCUCAGCCUGGUGUUCGUGGACACUCCCCCGGAGGGGCACCUGCAUUUCUCGGAGCUGGAAGAGGCCGACGAGGAAGACAUCCCGGAGGUGAAGAUCAGCCCGGAGGACGUGGUGGCGCUGCCGUACUCGUCGGGAACAACGGGACUGCCGAAAGGUGUGAUGCUGAGUCACAGGGGGUUGGUGACGAGCGUGGGGCAGCAAGUGGACGGAGAGAACCCAAACCUUUACUAUCACAGCGAGGAUGUGAUCAUGUGCGUGCUCCCCAUGUUCCACAUAUACUCCCUCAACUCCGUCCUGCUCUGCGGCCUCAGGGCCAAGGCUGCCAUCGUCUUGAUGCCCAAAUUCGAGAUCACUGCCUUCCUCGCCUUGGUGCAGAAGCAUCGGGUCACCAUAUGCCCCGUCGUGCCUCCCAUCAUUCUCGCCAUUGCAAAGUGCCCGGAUCUCCACAACUACGACCUUUCUUCCAUCCGAGUCCUUAAAUCCGGCGGCGCUCCCCUCGCCAAGGACCUUGAAGACACCGUCCGCCUCAAAUUCCCCAACGCCAAGCUUGGGCAGGGAUAUGGGAUGACAGAGGCUGGUCCAGUGUUAACGAUGUGCUUAACAUUCGCCAAAGAAGCCAUAGAUGGAAAACCAGGUGCAUGUGGCACCGUCGUCAGAAACGCUGAGUUGAAGAUUGUUGAUCCUGAAACCGAAAAAUCUCUCCCGAGAAAUCAACCGGGUGAAAUUUGUAUUAGGGGCCACCAGAUCAUGAAAGGUUAUCUAAACGAUCCAGAGGCAACAGAGAGAACAAUUGACAAGGAAGGGUGGUUGCACACGGGUGACAUUUCUGAUGUUGCUGUUGUCCCGAUGAAAGAUGAAGCGGCCGGUGAGGUGCCAGUUGCAUUUGUCGUGAGAGCAAAUGGUCACAGUGACACAACUGAGGAUGAGAUUAAGCAAUUCGUUUCCAAACAGGUGGUGUUUUACAAGAGAAUUAACCGAGUUUUCUUCGUUGAUGCCAUUCCCAAGUCACCCUCCGGCAAAAUAUUACGAAAGGAUCUAAGGGCAAGGCUCGCACUACCUCUUCCAAAUUGAAUUCGUUAAUAUUACCAUUUCCAUAAUACAAUAAAUAUUACACAAAUUUGUAUUAUAUUCCAUAUUUACAUACCAUGGCUUGGCUCCCCGCUUAAGCUUCAAUUAUCUUCUAACUGAAGAAAACAGCAGACGCCAGGCUUCAGCCUUUAGACCAAGCAUUAGCAUACGUGUGGUAUCAUAUCAGCCAUGUAUAACUAAUUAAUGUGAGGUGAGACGUGUUCUUUUUAUGUCCAA